UUCAUACUAAUAUUUUAGGGAAAAAAAAUUAUCCUCCGAUACUGCCUAAGUACUUCGCUGUCUCUUAGGAAUACCUGGUCAACCCUCCUCGCCCUCCGAAUCCGAGGUGCUCCUUUUAUACGUCUUUUCUUACGUCCAUCCCCCCACCAAAAAACGCUCUCGCCGGCCUCAUUCCACCCCAGAGGGCAACCUGACUCCACCUCGCUCCGUAUAAUUUGUUUUUAUUAUUAUAUAAGUACCGUUUCCCUGGUCUCUUUCGGGUGAGAUGCGGUGAGGAUGACGACGGGAAGCGAGGCGCACGAUGGAGCACCAGAAGCAGCGUCCGGCGGGAACGCACCUACGCCACCGGCGGUCGCCGCCGCCGCCAGCAUCGCGGCGCGCUCCGCCGAAAGCGACUACUCCGGCGAGGAGCCGAAGGCUUGCAGAGCAGAAGGAGGUAAGGUCGGUGGGGAGCAGGUAGGGAAGGGGGAGACGGGGGUUUCGGGGAUGGAGAAGGCCGCGGUUGUGGUGGUCGACGUGAGCGCCGGCGGUGGCGGGGGAUGGAAUGCGGAGGCGGAGAAGGUCUGCCGGAUCUGCCAUUUGAGCGCCGAUCGUGGGGAUUUGGAGGGCUCGGAGUUGAUCCAGAUCGGGUGCGGGUGCAAGGGCGAGCUUGGGACGGCGCACCGGCGCUGCGCUGAGGCCUGGUUUAGGGUGAAGGGCAACAGCUCUGAUCAUGGUACAGGUGUUGCGAAAUUUGUGGUGCAAAUGCAAAAAACAUCAUUGGUGAGGAACACAACAGUUUCAUGGAGGCAUGGCAUGAGAGGAGAAUGUUGGGCAACAACAGCAACAGGAGCUCAUCAGAAAGUGCCAGUUGUUGGAGGGGUCAACCAUUCUGUAAUUUCUUGAUGGCAUGCCUGGUGAUAGCUUUCAUUCUCCCAUGGUUUUUCCGUGUAAAUAUAUUCUGAUCUAGCUCCUACCUCUUCGUUGCUUGGUCAUGUGAUUGGAAUGUUGAAGUUUUGUGAGGCAUGGCUGUUAGCCUGGAGAAGGAAAAAUAGAUAGUCCAGAUAAUGCAAGUAUUCAGUUAUGCAUUGGUCCAUACCAAGAAUCUGCACGGGGAAACUGCCAUAUAGAAAUCAGUAUGGUGUUUAAAUUUUUAUUAAAAACACUGGGAAUGUCUUUAGAAAAGUGAACAGAAUAGCAUAAUACCUUCAUUUCUAGUAUUCUGAGAGAUAUUCCUGAUAGGUAAUAUGUAAAUGCAUAUUACGUUUGAUAUGUUGAUUGUUUUCUGUUUGUUGAGGAUGAAGAAUGUUCGGGUUUUAUGAUUGGAUGUAAAUUAGCAAAAUUUAACUUAGGGUCUUUGUGUCA